AUGGCCGAUAGUAGUUCAUCUACUUUAAUAUCAACGGCACAGGUCGUUAUUCCACCAGCACCAUCGCCAAAUGUUAGAUUUGCAUCGUUGAGGCAUUGGUAUUCACGUUCAGAACAAACAUUAGAAGCAUCAGAAGCGAGAUUGUUAUCAAGGUUGGCGUACUUUAAGAUAGAUGGUAAAACAGUAGGUUCACCAGAAAAUUCAAAAACAACAGCAAGAGUGGGAUUGGUGGACUUGGAUGGUGAUGGGAUGAGAAAGAUCAAUACAUUGGUCAUAGAUCAAAAGGGAAACGACUUCGACAUUGACAAGGAUGGUUCCUCUUCCUCCUUAUUAUCAUCCCUCUCUUCCUCUUCUACCAAAACAAAUUCAGAUACUGACGAUUCAGACGAAACCUUAAAUUAUGAGCAACUUGGAUUUACUGACAUGCCGCAAACGGAUUUGAAGGUCCAAUCAAAUACAACGACAGUAAAUGAGGAAAAAAAUCCUUCAAUUAAAAAUUUGGUGAUGUGUCAUGGAUUUGGAGGGGGACUUGGAUUUUUUUACAGGAAUUAUCAUGGAAUAAGUCAAGUACCCGGGUGGAGAACUUACAGUAUAGAUUGGUUGGGGAUGGGUAGAAGUUCUCGACCAUCAUUCAUUAUAAAGGGGAAAACCGUUGAUGAAUAUGUUGAAGAGACCGAAAAUUUUUUUAUCGAUUCAUUUGAAAAAUGGAGAAAAGUUCAUAAAAUUGAUAAAAUGACCCUAUUGGGUCACAGUUUAGGAGGAUAUUUAGCAGCGGUUUACGCUAUGAAAUACCCCAUGUACGUAGAAAAACUGAUAUUGGUUUCCCCAGUUGGUGUACCAAGAAAUCCACAAAAUGAACCGGGAUACCUUAAGGAUGGUAGAAGACAAAUUCCUGGAUGGAUCAUAAAGUUAUGGAAUGCUCAUGUCACUCCACAACUAAUAUUGCGUUGGUUAGGACCAUUCGGUCCGUCCCUUGUUACGAAAUAUACCUCUCAUAAAUUUUCUCACCUUGAAGAAAUCGAUCAAUUAGAUUUGCAUGAUUAUCUUUAUAACAUUUCCACCGCCGCGGGUAGCGGAGAAUUUGCUAUUACAAGAAUCCUUGAACCCGGUGCUUUUGCUCGUAAACCAUUAAUUGAUAGGUUGCAUGAAAUAAAAAUGCCAACCACAUUUUUGUAUGGUGAAAAUGAUUGGAUGGAUUAUCGUGCCGCCGAGAAAGCCAAAAAUUCAAUGAAAGUGCCCGUUAAAAUUGAGAUAGUACCAAAAGCUGGUCAUCAUCUUUAUCUUGACAAUCCUAUCGAUUUUAAUAAAUUUGUGAUCAAAGAGAUGUUGGAGGAUUCUAAUAAGUAG